AUGAACCUCGAAAACCCUACCGGUUUCCACAGGAGUGGUAAGCAACUGGACAUGGAACAGAAGGUCAGCAAGCUCACAUUCGGAUUUCAAAGAAGCUCAACCUCUGAUGAUGAUUCUGGCUGUGCCUUGGAGGAAUACGCCUGGGUUCCACCUGGACUGCGACCGGAACAGGUCCAGUUGUAUUUCUCCUGUUUGCCUGAGGAUAAGGUUCCCUAUGUUAACAGCCCGGGAGAGAAAUACCGCAUUAAACAGCUCCUGUAUCAACUGCCUCCCCAUGAUAAUGAGGUGCGAUAUUGCCAGUCUCUUAGUGAGGAGGAGAAGAAGGAGCUACACAUGUUUAGUGUGCAGAGGAAAAAGGAAGCUCUUGGAAGAGGAACCCUAAAGUUGCUGCCUAGGAAUGUACAUCAUGCCAUCUGUGAACAUUGUGGGGAAAACAUUAGUGGAGGAGAGAUGGUGGUGUUUGCUUCGAGAGCAGGGCCUGGUCUGUGUUGGCACUCAGCAUGCUUUGCAUGCUCAACGUGUAAUGAGCUCCUAGUGGAUCUCAUUUAUUUCUACCAUGAGGGAAAGGUUCAUUGUGGGAGACAUCAUGCUGAACUGCUCAAGCCUCGCUGUUCAGCCUGUGAUGAGAUUAUCUUUGCCGAUGAGUGCACCGAGGCGGAGGGUCGUCACUGGCACAUGAAGCACUUUUCCUGCUUUGAAUGCGAAACCGUUUUGGGUGGUCAGCGGUACAUCAUGAAAGAUGGUCGGCCCUACUGUUGCGGCUGCUUUGAGUCACUCUAUGCAGAAUACUGUGAGGCCUGUGGGGAACACAUUGGUGUUGAUCAUGCUCAGAUGACAUAUGAUGGACUCCAUUGGCAUGCCACAGAUGAGUGCUUCAGUUGCGCGCAGUGCAAAAGCUCCUUGCUUGGUUGCCCUUUCCUUCCAAGACAAGGUCGCAUUUACUGUUCCAAAACUUGUAGUUUAGGGGAGGAUGUCCAUGCCUCAGACUCCUCAGAUUCUGCCUUUCAGUCUGCCAGAUCUCGGGAGUCCCGUCGCAGUGUGAGAACAGGAAAGAGCAGUCGUUCUGCAGACCAGUGUCGCCAGUCUCUGCUCUUCUCACCUGCCGGGAACUAUAAAUUCCCUGGCUUCACGGGCAAUGCCGAUGACACUUUAUCAAACAAGCUGUCGCAUUUAAGCUUCGCAGACGACCACUUCUGGAGAAAUAGAGAGGAGCAGGAAGUACCGGAAGACCAUGAGGAAUGGGCUGAGCAUGAAGACUAUAUGACACAGCUGCUUCUUAAGUUUGGAGAGCAUGGAGUUUUCCAGCAGACAGAGGACUGCAGACCGGUUGAUCCUUGGAGGACUGAGUCUGAGGUGAAAAAUAAGUCAACAGAGUCAAAGAUGUCAGUGGGUGGUGGCAGCAGCAGCCUGGCUAGUAAAAAGUACAAGGCGGAUAUGUACUGGACACAGUCUCAGGAUGGAUUGGGAGACUCUGCAUAUGGUAGCCAUCCUGGACCUGCAAGCAGCAGGAAAAUCCAUGACCUGGAUCUUGAACAAAGUGCUAACUUUAAGCACGAAGACAAGCAGUGGUACGACGACUCCUUGGAAUGCAUCAAUGAUCGGCUUAAACGGACUGAGAUGAGUGUCCGGGACUCCAUGGACUCACUUGCACUAUCCAAUAUCACAGGUGCAUCCGUUGAUGGGGAUUUUAAAGAAAAGCAAUUACCGUACUCUUUACAAAGCUUUACCAAGUUGGAGAAUGAGGAUUGUGAGAAAAUAAGCAACAUGGGGACACUCAAUUCUUCAAUGCUGCAUAGAAGUGCCAACUCCAUUAGGAGCCUUACCUCUGAACUUGAACAAGUAGAAGUGGUAGAGGAGGAAGAACCAAUAGAAGUCAUCCCUCUACCAGAGGAACGACCCAAAAACCCUGUUCUUCGUAGAAGCCGGUCUCAAUCGAAGCCUUACCAGGUCAAAUUCUCAGAUGAUGUUGUGGACAAUGGACACUACAACGGCGCUGAGGUACGACAGCCUCCAAUGAGUGAACGCACACGAAGAAGGGUGUACCAUUUUGAUGAGCAAGAUCAGCGACAGCGCGUGCGUCAUCAUAACCACAGGCGAAGAAGCCGAAAGUCCCGAUCAGACAAUGCACUGAACAUACUACCCAAAGAGCGAGCACGUACAUGCUUCCGAGAGGAUUAUAUCAAGCGUGCUCAAGUACCUACUUCUCAAUAUGGACAGCACUCCGCUGCCCAGGCUGAUUACAGCUUGCAAAACCAAGCCACGGAAAGAUUUUUUCAUCUUUAUGGAGACGACGAUGACUGGUGCUCUACGUGUUCAUCUUCUUCCUCUGAGUCAGAGGAGGAGGGCUUCUUCCUGGGUCAGCCGAUUCCACAGCCAAGGCAGCCUAGGUAUCAGUAUCAUGCUGACAAAACUUCCAAUCAAGUAUCCCCACCUUUUGGAACUAGGACAAAUUACAAAAAGAAGAGAGGACAUAAAGGCAAAAACUGCAUAAUUUCAUAG